CAGAGAGCGGUUGCGGCCACUGCGGCUUCUCUGGACGAAGACUCACUUGUGACAUUCCUAUCCUCCUCGGUGUUAGCUUUUAUUAGUUCUUUGGGGCGGGGGAGGGGGAAAGAUCUGUAGCCACCSGCAGCCUCUGAUCCUCCGGAGUUGGUAUGUGAUAAGCGGCCCUAGCAGUGCCAUGUAUUGGAAGAGCGAUCAGAUGUUUGUGUGUAAACUAGAAGAAAAGGACGUGCCGGACCUGGCAGUUCCCCCAGAGAAGUGCCGGGGGCUCAUGUCGGACGAGUGCGGGCGGACUGCAGCCCUGGCGGCUGGAAGGACUMGGAAAAGUCCCGGAGAAGACGGACUGGUGAGCCCCGAGGGAGCUGGGGACGAGGACUCUUGCUCCUCCUCGGCCCCGCUGUCCCCUUCGUCCUCGCCCCAGUCCAUGGCCUCGGGCUCCGGCUGCCCUCCUGGCAAGUGUGUAUGCAACAGCUGCGGCCUGGAGAUUGUGGACAAAUACCUUCUCAAGGUGAAUGACUUGUGCUGGCAUGUCCGGUGUCUCUCCUGCAGUGUCUGCAGAACCUCCUUAGGAAGACACACCAGCUGUUAUAUUAAAGACAAAGACAUUUUCUGCAAACUCGAUUAUUUCAGAAGGUAUGGAGCUCGCUGCUCUCGAUGUGGGAGGCACAUCCAUUCUACUGACUGGGUCCGGAGAGCCAAGGGAAAUGUUUAUCACUUGGCGUGCUUUGCCUGCUUUUCUUGCAAAAGGCAACUUUCCACGGGAGAGGAGUUUGCAUUGGUGGAAGAGAAAGUCCUAUGCAGGGUGCAUUAUGACUGCAUGCUGGAUAAUUUAAAAAGAGAAGUGGAAAAUGGUAAUGGGAUUAGUGUGGAAGGUGCCCUCCUCACAGAACAAGAUGUCAAUCAUCCAAAACCAGCAAAAAGAGCUCGGACAAGCUUUACAGCAGAUCAACUCCAGGUCAUGCAAGCACAAUUUGCUCAGGACAACAACCCAGAUGCACAGACCCUCCAGAAACUGGCAGAGAGGACAGGCUUGAGCAGACGUGUGAUACAGGUGUGGUUUCAGAAUUGUAGAGCACGCCACAAGAAGCACGUGAGUCCCAAUCACUCUUCCUCAGCCCCAGUCACUGCAGUCCCGCCCUCCAGGCUGUCUCCACCCAUGUUAGAAGAAAUGGCGUAUUCUGCCUACGUGCCCCAAGAUGGGACGAUGCUAACUGCGCUGCAUAGUUACAUGGAUGCUCAUUCACCAACAACUCUUGGACUCCAGCCUUUGUUACCCCAUUCAAUGACACAACUGCCAAUAAGUCAUACCUAAUUUCUUUUUUCAGGGAUAGAAAUGAUUAAGGAUAUAACUUGUCAUUUAUUAUGUAUAAAAUAUCAUUGAAAAGAUAUUAAUGUUAAUUUUUUUAUUUAACACCAAAAGCAUUUCCAACAUCACUUUGCUGCCCAGGUAUGUAUCUAUAGUUGGCCUGCAAGACACUUUUAUUCUUCAUUUUUUUUUUUUUUUUGGUAAAACUUAUGUUUACAAGAAGAAAACAAAACAAAACAUGUUUUUUUGUAUUGUCUGGAAAUAGUUCACUCUAGUGUGUAUCUGUUAAUUUAUUUGUCAUCAAAAGAGCACUUUGCCUAAAAGAAAGGACUGACAAAUGUGCAAAAUGUUUACAAUCUUUUGUGAAAUUGUAGUUUAUCAUUAGUUUGUAUCUGUAAGUUAUUGUUAUAAAUAUUACCUGUAUUUUUUUGUUAUAUACAACUUUAUACUUUGAAGCUUGUAUCUGUGAAUUUGCAACUGAAAUUAUUUUGCCAGUGUUUUCUGAAUGAAGGGAGUAAAGCUUCUGUUGCAGCAUGCCAGGCAAACACACUCUGGUGUUUGUGGUUGAUGAAUUAUGGCUGUAAAUAACACUAUAGUUUAAUAAGCCCGCCAUUCUAAGUUUAUUAAACAUUUUCCAUUCUUGUGAAACUUUCAA